UUUGCCCGAAUACGGGUGGGUAAAAUUUCGCAGUUGUCAAGCGCCGCCGUGUCCACGUUGGUUUUACCUGCGAGAAGGACGAACUGCAAAACGGUCGAAAAUGCGAAAAGUGAGCCGCUCCGUCGUGCCUCGACUUUUAAGACACAAAUCGUGAUGGAAAUGUGAAGUUUGUACGCGGAACAUGGCGAAAGCUGUCUGUACGUGACAUGGUGAGUCCUGUUAAAGUGGACUCUGUGGAAAUUUGUCUCGAGACGAGCCGAGUGCGAUGCCUUCGUCUGAGUGUUUGCCAGGGUUCAGUAUGAGUAGGGAGAGUGAGGCGCGGUCACCACUGGAUGACUCAGAAGUGGAGGAGGUCUUCAGGGAGGACCUGGACGAGGAUGACGAGCCAAAAUUGUGUCAAGUGUGUGGAGACAAAGCUACAGGAUACCACUUUAAUGCCAUGACCUGUGAGGGCUGCAAAGGCUUCUUCAGGCGAGCCAUGAAGGGACCAGCCAAAUUCCGCUGUCCGUUCCAGAACAACUGCAUCAUCACCAAGAGCAACCGGCGCCAAUGCCAGUUCUGCCGGCUACAGAAGUGUCUCUCAAUCGGCAUGCUCAAGGAACUGAUCAUGUCAGACGAGGCUGUGGAGAAGCGGAGGAUGCUGAUCCGGAGGAAGAGGAUGGCAGAGGAGCCCGUCGUGCUGUCAGAGCAGCAAGAAGUUGUAAUUCAGGAGCUGCUGGAAGCGCACAGGAAGACCUUCGACUUGACCUUCUCCGACUUCAACCAAUUCCGGCCCAUAGACCGGGAUCAGAACCCCAUAUCCGAAUACAUUCAGGAGUCCAUCAACUCCCAGUCAGUGAGAGCAGAGAGGUCCAUCACCUCCCAGUCUGUGAGAGCAGAGAGGUCCAGAGAACCAGUGGUGAACCUUCUCCCUCACGGCUCCUGUUCCUCCAGCGUCUACCACCUAGAGGACGCAGAGAACGGUGACAAGGAAGGAAAAGCCGUGUUCACCACUCUGCCUCACAUCACCGACCUGAGCACCUAUAUGAUACAGAAUGUCAUCAACUACGCCAAGGUGCUCAAUCCUUUCAGGGCUCUGACUAUAGACGAUCAGAUAUCGCUGCUGAAGGGCGCCACCUUUGAGAUGGUACAGAUGCGCUUCAACAUGACGUUCAACGAGAACACAGGGAUGUGGGAGUGCGGCUCGCUGCGGUACUGCAUGGAUGACGCCAAGCGUGCGGGUUUUCAGCCCCACCUGCUGGACCCUCUGAUGAAGUUUCAUUUCACACUACGCAGACUACACUUAGAUGAGACGGAGUAUGUGCUGAUGCAGACGAUCUCACUCUUCUCACCAGAUCGGCCGGGUGUGACGCAGCACAGCGUCGUUGAUAAGUACCAGGAGAUGCUGUCCUUAGCGCUGAAGACCUAUAUUGAGACCAAGAGAAGUGGCCCAGAGAAAUAUUUGCUGUUCCCCAAGAUCAUAGCGUGUCUGACCGAAAUGAGGACUAUGAAUGAGGAAUACACCAAACAAGUCCUGCAGAUUCAGGACAUCCAGCCGGAGGUGUCUCCACUCAUGCUGGAGAUAGUGAGCAAAAACAGCUAACCCCGCCUCCACUCUUCACUCUCCAGCUGCCUCACUGUGGAUCAGACUUCAGCAACCAGCAACAGCAACGUCAGCCAGAGCUGCAGCUGAGUGUCACAUGUUCAGAUAACACCUUAUUUAUGGAUAUCCUUUCGUUCUUAAGGCGUUUUCAUACCUAGUUCGUUUGGAGGAGUUUCAGAUCCAGAGGCCAUUUCCUCCUGUUUGAUUGGUUUGGGCCAGUCAUGCUCAAAUGUGGACCAAAACAACUGGGCUGAGACCCUACUGAGAUGGUGGUCUUGGUCUGGUUUUAAACAAACCCCAGAGCAGUUCGUCUAAACACAAUCUGACUGAUCAAAAUUGGGUAAAAUGUGCAUAUAUUAGGAGGACUCUCUCAUUAUUAUCUUUAACAAACCCUCACAAUUUGCCCUUGAGGGAAUCCCCUUUGAGGGUCAGUGGAGCAGUGGACAGCUGUUAAUAAGCUAAGGAGGAGUUAUAAAAUACAUAAUGCUUAUUUUAUAUAAGUUGAGAACCUCUGUAUCUGUUUGGGCAAAGCAUUCUGACUCAUUUUGGUAUCUGAGCAUCCAUAAGCAUUCAUGAAUGGAUUUCCAGUCAACUGGAACAAAAAAGAAAAACAGAUUUCAACAGAAAUGAAACAUAGAGCUGUGCCUUACCAUUUUAAAUGACAGCAAAUAGCACCUCGAGCGGUUAACCGAGUUCAAGUAUCCAUGCACAUCCCUAGAAAUCUGUGACCACUGAUACAGAUCCCCCAGGACAUCACUUCAACUGGCUAAACUGUGCUUGCUGCUAACAGUAAGCACUCCUGUUGAAUAAACUGCUCCACCCUGGACACUACAUCCCCUACGCAGCAAUGGCCACUUGUGAUUUCUGAACUGUGAGGAGAAGUGAACAAGUAUGUGUUAAGAGCACCAAUGAAAUCCUACUACACUGUUGUUUGUGGGUAAACAGGCUACUUCAGUUCAGUGUGUUGAAGAUUGACCUGGACCAGUGAAUAAGUACUUGGGCAGAUGACUCUGCCAGCUGCUCAAGGAAUACAGGAGUAUGUGGUCAUUUUAGGCUGUUGUAGAUGCUCCAUUUUCAAUUCUCCAGGGGAAAAAUUGUUACUGCCCUCCAAAAUGUCCACAUGGUGUGAAAUAAUACAGUCUAGUUCACUUAAAAUUUUGCCAGAUCAAUGCAACUGACCCAGUAGAGAAUUGUUAGGCAAACGGAUUACAGGUCUGAAAACGCCUUUUGUUUCAUAGCUAGAGGGCAGAACUGGACAUGGUCAGGCCUUUUUCACUUCUAUGCAUUUACGAGGUGAAAUUUCAGUGUUAGCAGUGUGCUGCCAUCUAGUGUUCUGGAGCAGUACAGCUGAACUUCUUACAGCACAGAAUUACAGAUAUGCAUGCUGUUUGCUUUAUGUUCAGAAAAAUGAGUCUGGAUAUCAAAAGUGUAUUUUGACCAUGUCAAAGCGUUAAAAAAAUCCAGUUUAUUGAUUUGUCUACAAGCUAUUUUGGUCUCUAUUCAGACUAGCAGUUUAUGUCUAAACAACGCAGCUGUUACACCAGCAAUCCAGUCCAGUUCAAGAUGGACGAAUGCAACUGAAACACAUCCUCCUUAAAAAAAGGCACUCUUUACCUUUUGAUGAUGUGAGAAUUAGAGAACAAAAGUGAGAUUUGUCAUCACCAGAGUGCCUUUUAUCAACCAUCUAAAGAAUAUGAGAUAUGAUAUAUGAUAUAUGAUACUUGCGCCCUCUAGCUAUUUAACUACAUUCACACAUAAUGUACUUUCAGGGAAAUUAUGUUUCCAACAUCAGCCAAGAUCUACGUGUGCAAGACUGUCCGUCAUGUAGCACUGGAUGUUCUAACACUCAGAAGUGACCUGCUAGUAAGCAUCACUUCCAAGGAGGUAUAAAUCCCACCAAAGCCAGAUGAGAAUGAGCACCGUGAGUCUGUGGACUGCUGAAUCUAAACUACCUACAAAUUUAGCACAUCCUGUGAAAAUGUAUUUUUAUCUCGUUGGUUUUGACUAUCUGAACUGACAGGGUAGCUUCUUGCUAUGCCAAAUGUAUAUAAUGCUGAAUCUUCGUAAAGCACAUGUUUUAUGCUGUAGAACAAUCACAGAGAAUAAUCACGUUCCCUUCGUGCCCUUGCCUUUGGAGAACAAACCUCAAGAUGUAUGUUAUUUUCAUAUCAUAUGUACUGGAUCUGGUAUGACAGUAGAUUUGAUGCUGCACCACUCAGUCAUCAGGUGUUGGGGAAGGAUGAAUGUGUGUGUGAAAUGUAGGUCAGUCAUUUUCAUGUGAUGAAGCAAAAUAACCACGUAGACAUGACAAGGCAAGGUUUACUAGUAAGGGUGUAACAGUAUACUUUUGAUUUUCAAUACUGAGUACGCGAUUGGAUUUUGUUCAAAAAAAUUUGAAUGAACAAAAAAAUGAAGACUGUAUCUGUGGUGUUGCACAACUUACUAAUGAGACUAGUAGUCUUUAGUAGCUCUCUGAACCAGAAACAGUUACAAUUCAUUCCACGAGAUUAGUGCCAUGAUAAUUCAGAAAUUCAUGUCAAGAAAUCAGUUUUUCAUCCCCUGCAGUCUCAACUGCAUAUUACUCUAACCAAAAAUCAGAUUUUUUGUGCCAAAUAACACAGAAUUUUAAUCCCUGUUAUCAAAGUUAGACUAAUUUACACAGUUUUUCUGUGAAUGUUGCACAAAAAAAUUCUCUGUCCAAUUUGUGCGAUGAGGUGGACGUAAUGCUCGACAGACCCUGUCAAAAAAGAAAAACACAAUUUCAUUAUUGAGUUACAACAGAAUUUACCAGCGGUUGAACUCCCUUAAGCUCCCCUGAAGGCUUAAAUUGUCACUUGUCAUAUCUUAAUUUAAUGCAACUAGAUUAUUUUUUUGUCUAAAUAAGUUGGUGUGACGAGAGAAGCAAAACUCAAGGAUAGUUUUGCUCCUCUCUGAUUUUUUUUCUUAAAAUCAGUGUUUUUAUAUUACAUGAUAUAUGAAGUAUCAAUACACAAACAUAUAUAUUAGAGCGUGGCAAAGGUUUGAUGACUUUUAUUUUGUAAUUUGAAAUGGCGCUUCAGUGACUGUCUAUAAGGACAUGAAAAUGCCCAUAUACAUAAAAAUAUAUAUUAAUGAAUAUGUUCAAGCUUGAAAGACACUUACAAGCAAAUUUCUGUCCUUUAUAUGUUGCCUCAAAUGUCAUGGACUGAAAUGGCUCAUUAGUGAUAUCAGACAUACUGACAAAUGGCAAUGGUUUUCACUAUUCUGUUAAAAACACUAUGAUGAUCCUAAAAAAAACAUGGAAUUAAGAGAAAAAUCUCCUGCAUUGCACCUGAAAUCAUUUACACUUUAGAAGAAUGAUUUGGCAAAUAUUUUCCACCCAGUCAAUCAACCAAGACAUGUUUAGAGUCCAAAUUCUGCUUUUUAAGUUUGGCUACAAGGCUAAAGUUGCUAACAAACACUCGAAAUCAAUAGUCACCCAAAUCUUUUCAGUAAAUACAUGCCCAAAAACGUCUCUCAACCCACUUAAACUGCAUCAGGAGUUUCAUUAAGAUUCAGGACAAAGUAUGACAUACAGUGAGUAUUAAAAUAAACAAAACCUCACCGUGUGACUUAAUGCAGCAGGCAGAUACUUUAAACAACAGGUGCCUCCCUGCAGAAUUUCAAUCCCCUUCUCAUGCACACAUAUAAUGCAGGUGUAUGGAUGCUAGAAUACAUUAGAGAUUUCUGUUUUUAUGUUUAUAUAUCACUCAACAAUAGUUUGUAGAAAAUGUUUGUAUUAUUUGUGCCAGGCAUUGUGUCUCACAGCUUCUAAUCACUGUGGUCUUGCUUUGGCAAUUCAAUCAAUGUUGCCAUUACUGUCUGACCUCUGUAUCGAAAAUGUAUCAUAUCAUGGAGAAAACACUGCGAUACAUAUCAAAUCGUUUCAUCCCUAUUUGCAGCCUUUGGUGCUCAAACAAUACAACUGCAUUGUUCAUAGAGUUAAUAGAAUGCGUCUGAUAUUGUUCAUCUCUGUGAUGUGCACAGUCACAUUUAUGUAUCAUGAUGUAUUGUUACACCCUUACUAAAGGUGAGCCCAUGCUGUGUGUGGUUCACGUUACCAGAUUAACAGUUAGCAAAAUUGUACCAGAUCCAGGAACAUCUACAAUGACCUCAUGAAAGUAAAAGCCAUUAAGGUAACUCGAAAACAAGAAAUAUAUAUAUAUUAUA